AUGCGCGCCACAUUGUCAUUAUCUUUAGUGGCUUUGGGCUUGGUAGGAUCCACCACUGCUUAUCCACAGCCCUACCAAGACACUGAGACUGUCUUGAGCGCGUCGUCUGCGUCGACGAACCAGCAGAAGGCCGAUGCCGUCAAGGAGGCUUUUCAACAUGCUUGGAACGGAUACAUGAAAUAUGCUUUCCCACACGACGAGUUGCACCCGGUCAGUAAUGGAUACGGAGACUCCAGGAAUGGAUGGGGUGCCUCCGCUGUCGAUGCGCUCUCCACUGCCAUCAUUAUGGGUAACCAAGAUGCGGUCAAUACCAUCCUGAAGCAUAUCAGCACAAUCAAUUACAGCAAGACCUCAGACCAGGUCAGCUUGUUUGAGACGACCAUCCGCUACCUGGCUGGCAUGUUGUCCGGCUAUGAUUUGUUAACCGGUCCAGCCUCGGAUCUGGUCACCGAUUCAAACAGCGUGGAUAACCUGCUCACGCAGUCGAAGAACCUGGCCGACGUGCUAAAGUUCGCCUUUGACACGCCUUCGGGUGUGCCAUACAACAAUCUCAAUAUCACCUCGCGAGGAAACGACAAGGCCACAACUAAUGGCCUCGCCGUGACCGGUACCCUGGUACUAGAAUGGACGCGUCUGUCCGACUUGACGGGAGACGACGAGUAUGCCAAUCUCAGCCAAAAGGCCGAGUCGUACCUGUUGAACCCUCAGCCGGCCACGACGGAGCCAUUCCCCGGCCUGGUGGGCAGUCAAAUCAGCAUCGAAACUGGAGAAUUCACCGAUGGUUACGUCAGCUGGAAUGGUGGUGAUGACUCGUACUAUGAGUAUCUGAUUAAAAUGUACGUGUACGACCCUACGCGGUUCAAGACAUACAAGGACCGCUGGGUGCUGGCUGCUGAGUCGACCAUGAAACAUCUGGCGUCACACCCGCAGUCCCGCCCAGAAUUGACGUUCCUGUCUUCGUACAACAACGGCAACUAUGAUCUCAGCUCGCAGCACUUGACUUGCUUCGAUGGCGGCAGCUUUUUAUUGGGCGGGAGCGUGCUGGGCCGUCAGGAUUUUAUUGACUUUGGUCUCGAGCUUGUGCAUGGCUGUGAAGCGACUUAUAACUCGACUCUGACCCAUAUUGGUCCUGACUCUUGGGGUUGGGAUCCUUCGCGGGUUCCCAGCGACCAGAAAGCAUUCUACGAAAAAGCCGGUUUCUACAUCAACAGUGGUUACUAUGUUCUGCGACCGGAGGUGAUUGAAAGCUUCUACUAUGCGUACCGCAUAACUGGGAACAGCAUCUACCGUGAUUGGGUGUGGAACGCUUUUGUGGGUAUCAAUGCUACCUGUCGUACCGACUCAGGCUUUGCGGCCGUAACCAAUGUCAACGCUGCCAACGGUGGCUCAAAGGACAACAACCAGGAGAGCUUCCUGUUUGCCGAGGUUCUCAAGUACUCGUAUCUGACCCACGCUGAAGAUGCCGAAUGGCAGCUUCAGAAAGGUGGAAAGAACACCUUCGUGUUCAACACUGAGGCUCAUCCUAUGCGUGUGAAGCAUACCUAG